GUGAAUCAUUGACCAACUUUAGGUUUUCUCUGAAAUGUCGCCGCUGUAUUCUCGGACGUACACGCGAGCGGGGCAUGCUGCGAGCGACACGCUGCUGAUCACAGGUGCAUCACCUGAACAGGCAUAAUUGCACCGCCUAUUUGCAGCGCACUUCGUGUCGAAAUAUAGAAGUAGGUGCAGUUCAAACGAUCACGAGCUCCUCAACUUGUGAGCCCGAUGGUUCCAAGUGUGAGUAGCCAGAACUCCUAUGGAGGUGCGUAUAAAUACAGACGAUGAUGACGGCUUUCCGACGCGGGUCUCAAUCCUUUACAAAGCGAGCGGGCGUAUAUUGCGCAGGUUCAAGCGUGUCACCAUGUUGAGGCUCACAGUAGUGUCGCUCAUAAUCUUGGUAUCCAUAUACUUGCGCCCCGUCACGGCUAAUGGCCCUAUUCGCUUGCUAUACCAUAAUGACUUGGAUUUGACUACCAUCUCACGUCAUCAAAGUGUUCUUCUGUUGCCGGCACAGAGACACUCUUCUGCAUCAUUGGCAUGUGGAAACUUUCACGAAGAACUGCUUGAUGUCAACCAGACGGUCUUAGUACAAGAGGUUGCUCCAGUGUUGCGCUCCGAAACAUUUCAGCGAUCAUUUGACUCUCUCCAAAAAUUCUGGAUUGCAUCUAGCGGUCGCACGUGUCAAGCCGUCGACGCCAACGGUCAUAUAAUAAUUGUCUCUUGUUUGAGGCAGUUGCCAGUUCUUUGUUCGCAGAGCGCUGCAUAUCUCGCUCCUCCACAAUCUGAAUUCCUCACGGUGGUAUCUUCGCAGGACCUUCAGAUUACUGGAUUCCGUGACUUACGUUCGUUCAGAUUUCUCGGUAUUCCUUACGCCGAUAAGCCAGAACGUUUCACGUACUCUUCGAAGUUUACCGGUGGCAAUUCUAUCAAUGCCACACAGUUCGGACCACCCUGCGUCCAGACUGGUAACCCACAGAGUAGCGAAGAUUGUCUCUUUCUCAAUGUCUUCACUCCCAUUCUUCCCCAGGGCAAUAUUACGAAAUCAUUGCUAAAACCCGUCAUGUUCUGGAUUCAUGGCGGCGCCUUCACAGGUGGUGAAGGCUCUGAUCCGACAUUCGAUGGCGGUAGUCUCGUCUCUCGUGGGGACGUUGUAGUCGUCACCAUCAAUUAUCGACUCUCCAGUUUAGGUUUCCUUGCCCUUAACGAUGGCAAGACCAACGGUAACUUCGGUCUCGCCGACCAAAUUACUGCACUUGACUGGGUUCGAGAACACAUUAGUGCGUUUGGAGGAGAUCCAGACCGGAUUACAAUCUUCGGUCAAUCUGCUGGUGCUGCCUCCGUCCGUGCGUUGAUGGCCUCGCCAAAGGCUAUCGGGAAGUUUGCUGCUGCUAUACCCAUGAGCAACUUAGCUGGUUCGAAUUUUGCGGCAACUUACUCGAACUAUUUUACCAUACCGGAGGAAGUCAGCCUUGCUGUUAACCCGAUCUUGAAUGAGACCGGCUGCGCCACCGCCAAUGACCAAUUGGCUUGCUUGAGGGCAUUCGACGCGCACGCACUUGUCAAUCUUCCGGACACAGCGAAAUUCUUGGUUGUCGAUGGGACAUUUCUCACAUCUUCUCAGCUUCCUUUAAAUGGAUCUGGGCCUGUAGCAAAUGUUCAUACCUUGAUGGGGUUCAUGCGUGAUGAUGGUGCGGCAUUUAUUGGUUUCCCCACGACUGACAACGUUACUCAAGCAUUGGCCGCCCAAGGCCUUCCCUUGUCCGCCGCGAACAAUCCACUUUCCCCCGUUCCUACGGGUCCUGAUGCGCUUGCCAACGCAUUCAACGUGACAGCCAGAGUUACGACAGAUGUCGAAUUCAGAUGCCUGGACCAGGCUACGGCCUUCUCUGGCGUGAAACAUAACUUGUUCAAGAGCAUUUGGUUUUACGAGUUCAACAGGAGUUAUCAGACACCUGGGUUUGACCCAAACUUCCCUAAUUGUGAAGCACCGAUAGAUGAUACCCAUCCACUUGGCGAUACGACUAAGGAAUACUACAAGUGUCAUUCCGGCGAGUUGUUCUACGUCUUCGGCAAUCUACCCAGCACGACCGACCGACCAUACCGCGAUGAUAUCGACCUACCCUUCAUGCAACAGAUGGUGGAUAUCUGGACGUCCUUCUCGCGCACGUUCAACCCUAAUCCCGACCUUGCGUUUCUCAUUGCGAAAGGCUUCCGCGAGUCAGCAGCGCAGUUGGCGAGACAGAGCCGAUGGAAUCCGGUGACGGAAUUCAAUGUAAAUUCGAAGCCGUUGAGACAGCUACAGUGGCCAAGCUUCAUGACUAAUUUCAAAGAGAAAGAGCAGUCUAAAUAAUAUGGACCCCAAAUGAGGACGGUAGAGAGUUCUACCAGUGUUCCAAGAGGAGACAUUGAAAAGUCGGGUCAAGAAAAUACACAAACACAUCAAGGCAGAAUAUAGUGACGAACCGAAUCCAUCGAUCUGUAAACAAUGUCCACCGUACUGGAAAAUUCACAUAGAUAGAAAAGAUCUGCAUGGUGUAUUGGUGAGACGUUUCACCUCCCGGCGGGCCAUCGCCAUUCUAGGGUCACCGCGUGUCCCACUGAGAGGCUGUAAGCUUGCCCGCUUUCGCAGUCCCAUAGUGCGAUGGUACCAUCCAUACCAUCGUCACAAAGAUUCGAACCGGUCCAAGUGCUGUUGUCGAUAGUUGGCAUUGAGAUAUCAGAAUAAUCGUGGAGGUCC